AGAAACUCAAGGAAUAGCCUACUUUUCACGCAAACUUGAACUAUCUGUCCAAAGAAAGCAUGUCUACUUUUAAAUAGCACAAUUCUUAUAUAAAAUAAAUAUUCUAAGAUUGUUAUGUGUAUGAAAUUAAAGAGAUAAAGUACUUUAUAACUAAUUGUGUCACGUGCAGAGCGCUAUUCACACUGUAAUGCGAUGACGUAAUCUAUGCAAAUCAUGGCAACGCCCCCUACAGUGCAUAUAAAAGUACACGCUUCAUCUUCAGAUUCAUUCACUUUCCUGCAGGUUCGGAAGAUGGCAGAUUACACAGAUGAUGAAGCUCAGAUGCUCCCGGAUAGUGAGGAAGAGUUCACCCUUUCCUCAGAAGAAGAGUGCGACUCCGACGAGGAACGUUUACAUUUUGAAGAGAGACUUGAUCCAGCCGAGGAUUUCUUUUUUGACGAGAAUGUGACUGCAUCCCUCUCGCCAUCACGUUCAACUCGUACUAGAAGGUCACGCAUCAACACGAUCAAACAUCAGAAUAAGAAUAUGGCUCCAACUCGCCCAGGAAGGGGACGUAGAACGUAUCAUUCAGUUUUCAGCACACUUGAAAGUGAUGCAGAAUCGAACAAUGACAAUGAUCAGACCCCCGCUGCAAAGAGAGCCAAGACAGACGUGAAGGCAAGCAACUUGCAGACCACUCUAUCAUGGAAAACCGAAUCAGACGUUGACAUGACACCAAAGACUCUGAGAUUCCUGCCAGCACGUGAACCUGGACCACAGCUGAGUCCUGCUGACGUUCACACUCCCCAGAGUCUCUUCAAAAUGUUUUUUCCUGAGAACGCCGUUUCAACUUUGUGCCGCAACACCAACGCUCAGGCCGCCAAAGCAACUGCAAAUGGCUGCAAAUACAAAUGGACAGACGUCAGCAUCAGUGAGAUGUACCGCUACAUUGGGCUGCUUCUUUACAUGAACAUAGUGAGGUUGAGCUCCAUCAGGGACUACUGGCGACAGGAUUUUUUCUCUGUGGCUUUUCCUGCCAAGGUCAUGUCAAAAGACAGAUUCUGCACCAUUUCGUGGAAUUUCCAAAUGAGUCACCCGGAAGAAGACGAGGAAAAUGACAGAAAAAGAGGCACAGCUGAACACGACUGUCUUUUCAGAAUCAAACCCCUCGUGGACACCAUCCGUAUCGCUUGUAAAGCCAUGUAUCACCCUAAAAGAAACUUAGUUGUGGAAGAAAGAAUGGUGCCAUGGAAAGCGGACCCAGAAAUAAUACAAAACAUGAAAGACAAGCCAACCAGGGACUUCAAGAUGUUUGUCCUUGCAGAUUUAUCUAAUGGAUACACUGUGGACUUUUCUGUAUACACUGGAAAAAACAGCUCUCCCACAGGCCAUGGAUUAUCAUAUGAUGUUGUGACAUCUCUUUUGGACCGUAAAGUUUUAGGUUCUGGUUACCAUGUGUACAUGGACGAUUUCUUCACAAGUCCAAAGCUCUUGAAAGACUUGUUUGCUAUGAAGUUUGGUGCUUGUGGGACUUACAGAGACUCUAGGAAGGACUGUCCACGUGCUGCAACUAAUUCACUCACAACAAAAUCUGCCAGGGGAUCCAUCAGGUGGAUCCGGGAUGGACCUCUUGUAUUUGUGAAGUGGAUGGACACACGAGAGGUCUCCGUUUGUUCUACAAUCCAUUCAGCUUAUACAGGAGAGACUGUUCAGAAGAAGGUGAAAUCACAAGACACAUGGAAGGCAAAAACAUUUCCAUGUCCUGCACCCGUGACUGCCUACGAUCAACACAUUCACAAACGUGUUCACCUGUCUGAGGAUCUGUUGCAGUGCUACUCUGCACGACACAGAACAAUGAAGUGGUACAGAAAAGUCUUUUACAACUUCUUGGACAUUGCUGCCACAAACGCUUUCAUUAUGCACAAUGAGCUGUAUGGUAACAUGAGCCACAAAGAGUUCUUGGAAGGGCUUAUUGAAGACCUCUGUGUUUCCUCAAAGACCAAAACACCAGAACAAACCGUCGAUGACCAUGUGCCAAUACCAGGAGGUGAGCUGACCUCAAAUGCAAGGACCUGCAUGCUUUGCAAAGAGCAAGGUAAAAGGCAGGACACACCUUGGAAAUGCAAGGCAUGUGAUGUGCACUUGUGUGUUCAAUUGAACCGGAACUGUUUUCAAAAAUGGCACAACUGAUGUGACUGUGUGCACAAAAAUAUGCCUUUGACACUUAUGCUUUUUUAUUGUAUUGUGUAGUAUUUUGUGAAUAAACACCAAACCGUAUAAUCAA